AUGGCAUAUCAAAAGUUUGCGCUUAGAUUCCUCGAAACUGUGAGUAAAGGAUUGGAAAAACUAGACAAACGAGUAGAAAGAUUUGAAAGGCUUUCUAUUGAAGGACGAGAUACUAAAGAAUGCAAAGACAUCGUUUCUCCAAACUAUCCGAUGGCUUUCGUUUUGUUCUUGUUUGUCUGUGGUUUGUUUUCCACUUCUCAAGGAUGUGUUGUGAAAGAAAUGCAAAAGAAUAAAACGGGAAAGAACAAAAAGAAAAAUAAGUGGAGAAAUAAAAACAGAAAGAAAAUGAGGAAAAGACGAAUAGCAUUAAAGACAACUAAAAGAAGCAAGAAACGGUAUUGA